AUGUACACCAGUACAAAGUCAACCCUGAUCAAGAAGCUCGCCGUCAUAAACUACCUAGCUGUGGUGCGCAAAAUGCGUGCUACCAUCGAGCAUUUCUACCCCAACCUCGCCGCUACUGACUACAACUCUAAACGCACGACAAUUCUACGCUGGGCGCGCAAUCGCAACAAGCUGGUAGCCGCGGCCGCCGCAGGAAGAGGAGAGCACAAGAAGGUACGCAACAGGGGGGUGGCUACAAUCCUGUCCGCGGAGAAUGAGACAGAGAUUGCCCAGUGGGUCGAUGAGCUGCGUGGAGACGGUAUCCCUGUCUCCACGCAAAUGCUAACAGACAAGGCGCUGGACGUUGUGGAGAAGGCAGAGGUCAAGGACGUCAAGGCGUCCGACAAGUGGGUCGCUGUGUUCAAGCGCCGUCACCUGUUCAGCCUACGUUGUCCCACGCGUCAAAGCCAGCUUAGCCCCGCCAACCUCGACGAGAUCGCAGCCGACUUUGCUGCAGAGGUCGACGCAACCGUGCGAAAUCUCGGCAUUAAGCGUGUGUAUACCGCUGAUCAAACGGGUAACGUAACUGCUGUGUGUGGGCUAAUACUAUUAUUAAUGUGA